AUUUCAAACUACUAUUUACACAGAUAUGUGUUUGCAGUUCUUAAAGGGAAAGGAAAAGGACUUGUCAAAGAAGUUCAAAAAGGCCCUGAAAUUUGCAAAGACCCAUCUGUCUUGGCCACACAUGCUAUGGGAUUGAACAUAUACAAGUCUGGUUCAGAUGUCCAGUUAAAGGACGAUUCUCAAUACCCAGAAUGGCUUUUCCAGCUAAAUCUUGGUCCACCUAAACCUUUGGAAGAGCGAAGUCCAGAUACUCCUCAGUACUGGAAACUGCUUCGAAAACUGCACAUGUGGAGGAACAACCGUCUAGCCAAAGUGAAGAAAUUCUGA